CACACGUCAUAGAAGAGUUACAUUUGUUUACAGUCUUAACAGUUUACGUUAUGUCUUACACGCCACAUGGUACGUCACAGAUUGUGACAGGACUAGUUGUUAUUGGAAACAACAUAACUCCAGCAGGCAUCACUGGAGACAAGGAGGAUCAGACAAUGCAAUCAAACCAGGAUAUAUUCCAGGAUGGUGCCUUAAUCAGUGACAUAGAAAGUCAUGGGCGAGUGGUCAUCAGUCACAUGGUCAAACAUCUGGUGACGUCAGUGAAGGAGAGACUUGACAGAGAAAUAUUUGAGGAAACGCUGGGAGAGAAUGGGGAUGGAUGUUAUGACGGUCCUGUAGAUUCAUACCCAACAAAAAACGAUGACAUCGGAAAUGAGGCUCCCACCUUCAAGGACGGAGCAGCCAUCCUCGCCCUUGACGCCAGCGGUCAAGCCGUCCUCAGGGCCAUGAUCCAGAACCUGGUACAGGGCGUCGCUCUCAGCUUGAAGCAAAUGGGUUCCCAUUUAGAAGAGGCAGCAACGCAGGCGACAGAUACAGUAGCACUUAAAGCAGACUGUAAUGUCAUCACUAAAGAAUCAAAACUAGUACAACGUUCUUAUGGAAUUCCGAAUGUUUCCAACGGUGUGAAAACAAAGGUUAAUGCCAAGGACGAAGACACGCCCACCAGUAAUAGCUUUGUUAGUCACAAUCAAGAGGCCAACGUCGAGAAAUAUGUGCCGAAGGUCAGUGAGGAGAUUUCUGUGUUCAAAAGUAAGGAAGGUGAGAACUCUGUGUCAAUAAAUAAGAAGAAAUCGGGGCUUCCCGUCUUCAAAAAUAUCAGGAGAAAACAGAAGAGAUUCCGGCUUAGAAAAUGGUUCUCUGGAAAGUUUAGUUGUUGUGGUAGUCAGAAAACUGAAGAUUAGUACGUCAAUUUA